CAUUCAAAAUCCAUUCUAUUUACUGAACCCAAAAACCCCAAAACCCAUUGCCCUCUCGCCAACCAAAUCACCAAACCCGACCAUCUCCCAUCGCCAGAUCCGACACCCUUCACCAGCCACCGUGAAAAAGCUGCCCCUACUCGCCCAGCACUGUGUGCCGCCAGCCAGCUACCCGCCCUGCUGCCACUGCCACCACAGACAGAUCAUUUGAGUUAAAAAUGAUGAGACUAGCAACAAGAUUUCGAAGCUUGACACUGUUAAAGCCUCAAUGUUUAACUGUCCGAUAUAGUUCAGAGCUUUUUGUCUACAGGCUGUCAUUUUACACAAAACGUGAUGAAUUUAAGAAGAUGUUUUCUCCAUUUGGCAAGGUUAAAGAAGCUAGGUUGAUAAUGGAUAAGAGGACAGGAAGGACGAAGGGGUUUGGCUUUGUGACAUUUGAGACAGAAGUUGAGGCACAAAAUGCUAUUAAGGCUUUGAAUGGCAAGAUAGUCCAAGGACGACUGAUUUUUGUGGAAUCUUCUACGAACCCGAAGAGUGAUGCAAAAAGCAGCUGAAAGUUCUUGUAGUUUGAAGACAAAUUCUAGACAUGUAGCUUGCUCAAGUAAUAAAGAGCUAAUAAUGUACAAGCAAUGAAAAAUUUAGUCUGAAUUGGAGGGAGUAUUUCCAUUGAUAAAAUAUCUGCAAGAGUUAUCACACCAAAUUACCAACAAACGAAUAAAUGAUACUCCUAUGAUAUAUCUAUAAGUAUCAUCACACCAAUAAAUGAUAUUUCUACGAUAUAUCUAUGCAAGAAUUUAUCACACCAAUAAAUGAUACUUCUAUGAUAAGAAGUUGAUGGUACCACAAAAUAAUAGAGUGGAGUAUUACAAGUGUUUCACAUCUAAAAACUAUCAUGAUUUCAUGAUAUUCCUGCCACAAAAUCAUAGAAGUUCAUUUACAAGCUACUACUGCUUUCUACCUUGAUCAAGUGUUUCAUUUCACCCAAAUAAGGCAUAGCUUCAAGAACCCUUAUUGAAAACCUGAGUUUUUUUUAUUACCAACUUCUCUUGGAUAAGUUUGAUCAGCAAAGUGAAAGCUGCGUAUUGCUUGGAUACACCGUCGAAAAAUGCACCCAAAACAGUGAAAUUGUUUGUACUAGGAGGAUGGAGUAUAUAAAUACUCGUAUUAAACCAAGCCUAAUUUCAUAUUGCGCCCAAAAGUAUCACAGUUAAGAAUGCUCAAACAAAAAAGGAAGUAACCUAAAGGUAGACAGAAGGGAUUGCAAAUUAGUUGGCCUACGAGGCAAAACAAGCCCUCGAUUCCUUGCCUAGUCAACGCAAUGCUGAAUUGCGGAUAGUUCAACCAAUCACGAACAUUUCAGAACAUUGCAACAGCUGUGGCUGUGUACAGAAGAUUCUCUGAUGU